GAUAAAGGCUAUAUUUUAUAUCUUACCGGUUUGUUUUCUCGAAGUAAAUAUUUCCGGGUCAAGAUGGGUUACCUGAAAAACUAUCCCAAAACAAAGAAAACUCUGCAAGUGUUGUCUUUUAUCGGCUUGCUCAUAGCAUCUAUUGUGGUUGAAAUCAUCGCAUACGCCACCAUAUCCGCAGUGCUAGCCGCCUACCGUUCCGAACCAGACAACAUACAUUCAACUGUCCAACCAACAGCGACCAGUACAACACGUCUGGCAACAGUGACGACAACGACUCUACCGUCAUCAACUGUCACGCGGCCAAACCCAACUUCAGCUUCCACGUCUAGGUUGUCAUCUACGUCCUCGUCUACGCUGUUACCGGUAACUUCCUCGACCACACCUUCGCCAGCGCCGCGAAUUUCCAAAGAGUUGAGCAACGCCAUCAACCGCACAGCGUACCACAAUGACACGGACUAUUACACGCAAUCGCCAUCUAAUGUUCUCCGAGCAGUGCAAGGUCUCGUUAACAGCGCCUCGCAGUCAGAGAAAAUUAGUUUUCCCAACAUCGCAGCAAUCGCCAAUUACUCCUUAGAUUUCGCUAAAUUCCCCGUAAAUUUCAGUCUACCAGUAAAUGGCACGACAAACGCAACUAGAAGCAUCAUAAAAAUUGCGGACGCCCUUUUGGGUGCCGAUCAGAAUAACCAUCUAGAAAUGCCAAUAACACCGGAAACCGAACAAGAAGGCGACCAGACUGCAGCUGCUAUUUACCAGACGCUGGAAAUUCUUUAUGAUAAGCUACCGCCUUCGGAUGUGCCUUACGAGUUUAAAGACACGCACAUUCUAUCGUACGCGCAUGUUGUUUCUGUUGACAAUGAAACACGCUUUGAGGAUCUGCUGUUGCGGACCGAACUGGGAAUACAAGACGCAUCGCAGGGAUUACUGACACCGGGCACGAACAACAAUUCGGUCGCCAGCAUAAAAUUAUGCAGAGAAGCUCUGAAGAAAUCGUUCGAGGAAAUCAAGAAAAUGUUUAAUGGUUCGGCCUCUCGCUUUACAUUCGCCUUAUCCGCCAUGCCGGCGUUUACGUUCAGCAAGCAUCCGAGCACCAACAAAAGGCUGGAGCGUUCAAGUCCGCUGGUGCUUUUGGCGUCUGUCGGCCAUCCACUGAAGGGAGAAAAGAUCGUGACCAUUCGGCACAAUGUCGAUAAACUAUUCGAUUAUCCGCACGGAGCGCGACGACGUCACACAUGUAACUACCUCAACUACCCCACUAAACAAUGGUCUACCAAUGGUUGUCAGGCUGAUAAAUUACCUAUCUGGAAUGGAACGCUGGUCGAGUGCCAUUGCGACCACUUAACGCCCUUCUCGUUACUGCUGACCAUGUGCAGCAGUGUCCUCGACCAAUCGGAGAGCAGCGACAGCAGCUUUACUCUGGAUCUGGCCAUUGUCACCACGGCGACGACAAUGGUCGCCGCGCUUUGCUCAUUGGUGGCUUUGGUCAUUAUUUUGUUGCGCAUCUGGUACAAGAACAUCACCUUCGACGAGGACACCUUCGCCCGUACCAACCUGUGGAUUGUCCUGUUUGGCAUGUACUUUUUCGUCAUCUUCUCCCAGGCCAUGGUCUUCUCGCCGGAACUGUGUGGACAGCGUUUCUGUUUAGCCAACGCCAUAUUAGUGCACUGGUUCUCCUUGAUGAGCAUGGCAUGGACCGGGGUGGAGACAUUCCGGCUCGUGCAGAUGACCCGCUACCCAGAGAUCUACGCCCGACGGAUUCCCAUACCCGGCGACACCUAUGAUGGAUUCCGCUUAAAAGCCUGGAUCGCUGCAACUUUUAUUCCAAUACUGUUCCCCAUUAUCGCCUCCGUCAGUCAUAUCCAGGGAGUUUCUCACGACUGGUAUGGAGGAUACGGCUACGCUAGCCACGAAAAAUGGUGCUGGCUGGAUGGAGACCAUCCUUGGAUUUCACUGGUGACCUUUAUCGUGCCGAUAUCCGUUAUGGCUCUUCUCAACGUAGCGGCCGUGAUUUUUUAUUUUUAUGAAACCAAAAUUCGUCAGAAAUACAUCGCGGGGCCCCAGCGUCUAUCGCCGGCAUCUAGUAGCGCGUCCAGCAAUUCCCUCGCCCAACAACAACUGAACGGGGUUAUUAUCACCACCACCCUGAUGGGCCUGAUCUGGCUAAGUGUCUGGCUAUCAUUGUUCGCCUGCUUUAUGGAUCCGAUCGUGCAGCACGUCUUCGUUCUGUUGCUGACACUAGCAUGUGGAUCACAAGCCAUCUACAUCAUCGUUUUCCAGGCCAUCGCGCCCAAGAAACGGUUCAGCGGUAGCCGGCGCAUUUACGCGCAGCAGAGUCCUUACAGUAGCGAGGCGUACACGGAAAUUACGAAUAUUACACGAAGUACCAACAGCAGAUUACGCACGACAGGGCGUUGAAGUGCGAAUGGAUCACCGAAUUUUAUUUAUUUCAGUAUUUUACAUCACAUUGAUGUAAAAUACAUUUUGUUGAUUUUACAUCAUGUUGAUGUUGUGUCUCGUUGAUUCACAUCAGUAUAUCCUUUUCGCUGGUAGCCACGAGUUCUACAAUAUGUGACAUCAUUUCCUGACGCUUCUUAAAAAUAUUUAUGUGCUAAAAUACUCCUGUAAUAACUUUGUAAUUAGAAAAAUCUUAACUCUGCAAGCAGAAAUUAUUAUAACCGUGAGUCGUCAUCUUCAUCAGUGUCCGAGACGCCGGCAGCCGUUGGCGCGAU